UAAAUUUUACAAAGUGUGAUUAUAAAAUCGGUUUAUUAUAUUUUAAGUUAAUUUUGAUAGAGUUUGUGGAGUUUUUUUUUUGAGCCAUGGAACUUAUUAAUAGUUAUGUAGUGGCUAGCCGAUUAGUUUUACAAGCAGAUUCUACAGAUCCAGUAAGCUGGCAAGAAUUACAUACACUGUUACUUUACCUACAUGAUAACUUAUUAUGUCAAGUAUGUGAAAAGUUAAUUGAUGAUUCUUAUUCUCAUCCUAAAGGACUGAUAUGUAAAUCAUGUGCUAAAAAUCUUAAAAUUGAACAACCAACUUGGUCAAUCAUUCAGUUUUACAAGAAAUUAUGUUCUUAUAUUCAUAAAUCGCCUUUAUUUAAUGCAAUGUGCAUAAGGAUUGAAGAUAAUUGUCUUGUAGAACUAAUAAUUAAAGUAUUAGGUUUACCAAAAACCACCAAUCAUAAUGGAUGGAUUUCUAAUGAAAAUUUUGAAGGAUUAGAAAAACACAUUAAUAAUGAUCUACAUUUACCAUCUGAUGUUCAAUUAUCUGUUGAUGAUUCAAGAAAAAAUGGGAUUUUAAAUUUACAAAUAUUAUCAGAUGUUCGAACAAAAAAUGAUAGGAUUCAAGUUCAACAAAUACAAAAUAUUAUACCAAAAAAAAAGAAGACUACUCGGCGUUGGGGUUGUCGCUGUGGUAAUGCAACAACUACACCUGGAAAAUUAACCUGUUUUGGUCAACGCUGUCCUUGUUAUAUUGAGCAAAAGUCAUGUGAUAUGUGCAAGUGUCGAGGGUGUAGAAAUCCUCGCCCUAAACCAACAAAUGAUGAUAAUAAAGAAGUUGAUAAAAUACGUCGAAAGCCUGUAACAUUAGAGCUGGUAUCAUCUUUAAAGCCUUCACAUAUUAAAAGCAAAACGACUUACACAAUGAGUGAAAUAUUACAAUUUCCAACACAUAGUAAACAUUUUGAACAAGAUACUGAAGUAACUUUAGGUCGUGUCAACUCAAUUUUUCAUUCUCCUUAGUGAGCUGUUAAGCUGUUAAUUGAGAAUGUAUAUCAUUUUUUAAAAUCAAAUGGAUUAAUAAACCUAAGUUACAUUUUAAAGUAUUCCACAAAAUUUACCUUUUAGUUAAUUAGGAAAAAUUAAUUAAUUUUUUUGUGUAACUAUAAAAUUAAUAUAAUCAUCAUAAUACACUUGCUAUAUUUAGUAUUUUAAAUCCUAUUUAUAUUUAUAUAAUUUUUUUUUAUUGUAUAAUGUAUACAAAGAUAAAAACUGCAAAUUAUAAACAAGUCCUGAGAAAUUUAAAGAUAAUUGCAUGUACUAUUUAAUGUUACCUCUCUCAAUUCUAAUAUAUGAAAAGGUUUAUGAAUGUAUUAAUCUGCUUUAAAGAAUAUUUCAUUUAUACCAUUAAAUAUAUAGAUAAUUUAUCUGUGUAUUCAAAUAUAUAUACAGGUACAAAUUUAGGUUGACUAGAGAUCUUUAAACUCCUUGAAAUUUUCCAUAGCUUGAUUUUAGAUAGAUUUUUUUUUAAUGUAUGUGCACUUAUAUAACAACUCAUACAAUUUUAUUUUUAGAGAGGCUAUGUCAAAUUUUGAGAAGUUCUAAAGUCUCUAGGCCCUCACGACUUUACUUGCAAAUAAAUUUAUAUUUUAUUAAUAUUAAAAAAAUAACUAUACCUACUUUGACAAAACAACUUCAUGGAAUAAAACUUGUACGUAAUUUUAUAUUACAUUGUAAAUAAAAUCUAGACAUUUUAUUUUAAAAAUUAAUAAAAAAAAUUGUUAUUAAGUGAAUUAUUUUAAAAUAUGUAUUUAUGUUUUAUUAGUAUAUUAUAUGAUAUUAUUGUAAAUUGAUAAACUAUUAUUGUUAACUAGUCAUUAGGA